UAACUUACCAGUUCUCAUCAAUGAUGUUUACAGGUUUACAGAUUGUGUUGGCACUACAGGGUUAUUUUAAAUCCUCUCUACCACAAGGUUUAGUGGUUAAAUCGCGAAAUGAAUGCAUCACCGAGUGCUACAUCAACGCCACUUGUUACUCUGCAUUUUACCAGACCUCCUCCAAGACGUGUUACCUGUCAGAUGCAGUUUACACCGAGGAUGGCCUCCAGGUUUCAGCUGACAUGCAGUAUCUGGUGUGGAAACGAGAUGGCUGUGGCAAUGGGUACAGCUGGAAUCGGACACUUGAUCUGUGCUAUAAGGUCCACACAGACUCACCCAAGUCAUGGACGGAUGCAGAAAACGCAUGUAUUCAAGAUGGCGGACAUCUUCUUAAAGUUGACAACCUCGAAACAAAUCUACUGAUGAACCACUUUGCUUUGAAAAAGAAUACGCAUCUCUGGAUUGGCGGCACUGAUAUACAAGAAGAGGGAAGGUACUUGUGGGCAGACAACUCUUCAAUUCAAAGGUUUUGGUGGGAUACCAAUGAACCUAGUCACAAGGUACAAGACUAUGGCUGUGGCAAUGGGUACAGCUGGAAUCGGACACUUGAUCUGUGCUAUAAGGUCUACACAGACUCACCCAAGUCAUGGACGGAUGCAGAAAUCGCAUGUAUUCAAGAUGGCGGACAUCUUCUUAAAGUUGACAACCUCGAAACAAAUCUACUGAUGAACCACUUUGCUUUGAAAAAGUAA